GCACACACAGGGCGGCGCUCUCCUGGGGAAAACCGCACCGCACGCCGCACCGUCACGGUCGCAGAGGCGAAAGCCGCGAGAAGAAGGAGCAAGCCCUCGCCGGCAUCGGCCAUGCAGGACGCGGUGCUCGCCUGCGCCGCGCUGACCGCGGCGGCCGACGUCGCGCCUGCAAGUGCUGCCGGGGGAGGAGGAGGAGGAGGAGGGGACGGCGGCGUCGUGAGGGUGAAGCGCUCGGCCCUGGUGGCGUGCCUCACCUGCCCGCUCUGCCGCCGCCUCCUCCGCGACGCGGCAACCAUCACCGAGUGCCUCCACACCUUUUGCAGAAAGUGCAUAUCUGAGGAGUUCAUCAAUAAGGAGGUCUGCCGCUGCCCUACUUGCAAUAUUGAUUUAGGCUGUGCUCCAGAGGAGAAACUCAGAGUUGAUCAUAGCCUACUAUAUGUGAGGUCAAAGAUAUUUCCUUACAAAAGACGGAAGGUUAAGGAUCAAGAAGUCAUAUCACCAAUUACAUCACCUGUCAAGAGGAAAGAAAGAUCUCUAUCUUCAUUGACCGGCCAUGGUCCUCGGGUGUCUAUACAGAAAUGCCUUACGAAGAGGAGAACAAAAGCUUCAUGCUUACGCCGCUUCUCUUUGCGCUCUACCUUGCAGGGCAGUAGUAAAGACGCGACAAAGAAAGUUGGAGGAUGGAGACCACUGGGCUGUCAACUUAGAGUUGGUAAAGAUCGAAAGUCUCUUAAAUCAGAUUCUGAAGAUGUUAAUAGAAGCAGGACUAAGUCUGGUGAUCCAGAUGAUGGUGCUCCUUCCAACCAAGCAAAGGCUAGAGAACACUUGAAACGAUAUGGGAAUUUAGCAAAGAAGACUGGAAGCAGGAAAGUGUUCACUCUGAAGGGAAAAAAGAAAAGGUUUAAGGCAAAUCAUCCUGAUAAAAUGAGGAGAUUGCGAGCAUUAUGGUUCCAUCUAGUGGCUGCUUUUGACCAGAAAGGACAACCUCUACCGCAGCUACCUACAAAAUUUUUAAGAAUCAAGGAUGUCGAGUUGCCUGCUUCCUACAUACAUAAGUACCUUGCACAUAAACUCAAUCUUUCAAGUGAAGCUGAGGUGGAGAUGGUGUGCGGUGGCAAGAAAGUGGACCCGGGAAUGACCCUGCAUGAUCUAGCAGACUGCUGGCUCGAUAAAGGUCCGAAGGGCCGGGUGCGAUCAUCCCUUGACUCCCCUGCCACCGGGUUCGUCACGACGUUAUUCUACAGCAGGCCAGAACUGCUCCCAGCACCAACCAUACCUAGCUGAUCCAGAGCACUGCCUUGCUGCCUCACUCCGCCUAUCUGAUUUAGAGCCCUCUGAUUGAUCCGGCUCAGGCCACCUCGUAACAUGUGGAUAGAUGUCAGGUUUACAUGCCUUGUGAAGCUUCUGAUCAUCUGACUAAGCUGUUAUUUUCCAUUUUCCCCCAUCUGACGAAGUAGCUGUGCCUAUGUGAUUUGUAAUUCUGUGUUGAGCUGUCCGGGUGCUGCUGUAGCUGUACCUAUGCCGAUUUGUAGUUCUGUGCUGACUUGUUCAUGUGUAUUUUUUAUAUAUUUUUUGAGGGAAGACUUGUUCAUGUGUGAUAUUGUACUCCUGCCUGCUUACUGUAAUAUUGUACACUGGAUGAUGAAGCACACACUGUUCGUUAAGUCAUUAUGUGUUCUUGAUAAAUA